AUGGCCAGGUCAUUGAGUACAUUCAAGGCAUGUUUAUAUGAAACAAAACAUUGCCCCUUCCGCAUCCAGGUCGAGACUAACAAGUGCCCUCCAGAUCGGUUGUACCUAGCAUCAUACACCCACGCUCCCGACGAACACACCCCCUUCCCCUAUCCUGCGCAAGCCAGAAGAUCGCCGCACAAGAAGUCCUCGAGAGCGCAACCGGGUCCAACUCCUGCGGUGCUCCGACCACCACCAGUGUACUUUACCAUCGAUGACACACUUCUCUACAACGCUUUCCAUGCCGACUUUGGCCCGCUGCAUAUUGGACAUUUGUACAGAUUCGCAGUACAAUUCCACGAGAUUCUGGGCGACCCGUCCAACAAUGACAAAGCGGUGGUGUUCUGGAGCAGAGCUGACGCAAGAAGUCGGGCGAAUGCUGCGUGUCUUGUCGCAUGCUACAUGGUCUUGAUCCAAGCAUGGCCACCCCAUCUUGCUCUCGCUCCCAUCGCACAGGCCGACCCUCCCUACAUGCCGUUUAGAGAUGCAGGAUACAGUCAAGCAGAUUUUAUCCUCAACAUUCAAGACGUUGUCUAUGGGGUAUGGAAGGCGAAAGAGGAAAAUCUAUGUCAGCUGAAAGAAUUCAAUCUAGAAGAAUACGAACGAUUCGAGAGAGUCGACAUGGGAGACUUCAACUGGAUCUCACCACAAUUCGUUGCUUUCGCCUCACCUCAAUCCGAACCUACUACUCCGAUACCUGUUUCAUCUCCCGCCUAUUCCACGCUACCAUCUUGUGUCCCAGAGAUCCAGGGCGCCAGAAUAUCACAACCGUUCAAGAACGUCCUCACCCAUUUCGUGCAGAGAGAUGUGGGCUUGGUUGUUCGGUUGAACUCGGAGCUUUACUGUCCAACAUACUUUACUGCCCUUGGCAUCCAACACAUUGAUAUGAUUUUCGAGGAUGGUACUUGUCCAACCCUCCCCAUUGUGCGCAAGUUCAUCAAACUGGCACAUGGCAUGAUCGCAAACCGCAAGAGCAUUGCCGUCCAUUGCAAGGCUGGCCUUGGUAGGACUGGAUGUUUGAUUGGCGCGUAUCUGAUCUACCGACAUGGUUUCACCGCCAACGAAGUCAUUGCCUUCAUGCGAUUCAUGCGUCCCGGCAUGGUGGUAGGCCCACAACAGCACUGGCUGCACCUGAACCAGGGACAGUUCCGAGAAUGGUACUGGCAAGAUCAAUGCAAGACAAAGCUGGAGCUGAGCAGACCCAUCACCCCUCGGGCGAUGUCUACGAAGACUCCAGCACGCAUCGUCAGUGGAGCGCAAACAGCGACACCGAAUCGGUCCAGCGCACAGAGAGCUGCCCUGGGCGAGAUCGAUGGCAAUGAUGUUUCAAAGUCUGGUGCCUGUCAAGACGAGAAUCUUCCGGCCCCGACGCCAGGUCAACCAAGAAAAUAUGCUCGUAUGGACCCACGAAGCCAGCCUUACUCACGAUCUACAUCUGGCGCCAUGCGUGUGAGUGACAAGGUCGACGGCGACAUGACUGAGACAAAAUGCCAGAGCGUCAACGGGGCAGAGAGUGAAGAGGAGUUGAUCCUUCAGCGAGCCGCAUCCCGUCGCAGUCAGAGCAAGAGUCCAAGCAGCAAAGGCAAGGCCCGCAGCGUGUCGUACACGACCACCACGACCACCAUGACCAAGACGAUCGACGUCAGUGACAACAUGGACAUCUACGAGGAUGAGGCAGACAUCAAUUUCCAACUGGAGGACACGAAUGCCAUCUGGGAUGAACUUGCGCAGGAGCAGGAGAACUUGAAGCUCAGUACCAAGAGCGAAAAGAACAGCACGAAUGGAGGAGGUCGACCCAAAACCACUCCCAGGUCAGCGAGCGGAAUGGGUGCCAUGAGUGUUGCGAAGACCAGAUCGCUGCGGGAAUCCCCACGCCGUUCCGGCGGAGAAGACAAGACCAAGGUCCGAAAGACCAGUAGCCGGGUUGGAAGCGCGGGCCACGGGCCUAUUGGUGUCAAGCGAUGA